AGGGGGCCACCGUAGUUACGUACUGCGUAGCGGGCGCGUAUAUUUCGGUCUUGUUCGUGAAUGCUAAGCUAACACCAACUAUUUAUUUUAAGUAGGAGCAGCUAUUUCUGAUCUCAUGGAGAGUAUAAAUGCUAAAUACGUGUCCCAGAAAAUCAGCAAAACGAGAUGGCGGCCAGUAUCGCAUUCGUUUCUACAACAGCCAGAUAUUUUUGCGAGUGGCUCGUGGGACAAUGAGCACAACAAAAUUUCAUUUUGGUCCAUUGGAAGUCAUGGAAGUUCUGCUAUGGAAGAUGGAUUUGAAGGAGAGCCGCAGCUUUUAUGUGAACAGAAACACGAUGGAGAUGUUCUCGAUCUUCAAUUUUUGGACCAAGACAGAAUCGUCACAGCAUCUUCAACAGGAGCAGUCACCGUUUUCCGCCAUCACCAAAACAGUCAGACAAUAUCAAUUGCUCAGCACUGGGCGAGAGCACAUCAUUAUCCGUGUGACAAUGCUCCCUGUACUGGUGUUGUAUGCAGCAGUCCCGAGAUUGUUACAGUUGGGGAAGAUGGCAGGAUCAUCGUCUUUAGAGCCGACCAGGAGGGAGUGGUUCGAGUCAUAGAGAAUGCCGAUAGCAGCACGAUUCAUGCUGUGACUUAUCUGAGGACAACAGAGAUUUUGACAGUAAACUCCAUCGGCCAACUCAAGUUGUGGGAUUUCAGGCAGCAAAGCAACUCACCUUCCCAGAUUCUUUCUCUGUCUGGGGAUAGAGUUCCUUUGCACUGUGUGGAUAGACAUCCAAAUCAACAGCACAUUGUGGCGACAGGAGGCCAGGAUGGCAUGCUCUGUGUCUGGGAUGUGAGACAAGGCAACACGCCCUUCUCACUUAUGGAGGCACACUCUGCGGAAAUGUGGGAAGUUCACUUUCACCCAACCAACCCAGAUCAUUUGUUUACAUGUUCAGAAGAUGGCUCACUGUUACACUGGGAGACUUCCUCACAUUCUGAAAUGCCCUCCUUCUUACAAGGUGGCAGGAACAGCAGCAUGAUGUCUCGCAGCGCGAUGGCACCAGCUGGGGGGAAUCAGUCCCUCAUCAGUGCCUGGCUCAGCGGGGACUGCAGUAAAGGCCGUCUGGAGACGAGUCACAUGCUUCCCAGCCAGACGCUGUCAGUCAACAGCUUGGAUGUACUUCAACAAUGUCUUGUCUGUGGGACUGAUGGAGAGGCUAUUUUUGUUAACAGACAGGUUCCGGUUUAAAAAGGUUUUUGGUGCAAAGCAGAAGAUGUGGAUGAAGAUGUUUAUUUGAUGUUAAUUUCAGUCACAACAGAAGGUAUAAUGUCUUUUUAAAUCAUACAGGGUGUCCAAAAUGCUCUGUGUUAAGAAGUUUGGCUUUACUUGUGUCUUACACACUGCUUCGUUUGUAAGUUGCCUGUGCAGUAAUGGAUCAUCAUGGAUCAAGGUUUUUGUAAGUCAUUCCUGGCAGAAUUGUUCAGUUCAACAGUCAUUUUGUACAGAAGACAUAUACAGUUAUUUCUUAAAAAUAAAACCUUUAUAUGCAUAACUCAAGACUUAAUUUACUGUUUUGUUAAUACAGAAAUUCAAGGUUGAACAUUACAGGAAGGCUCACAGGCUGAAACAGCAACACCAGCACUACUUGAGCUCUUGUUUUAGUUAAGUUAAAAUACUGCAGCUGCUGUAAAUAAAAUGUUACAUCUUUACCUGAUUAAAUCAGUGCUGCUGAUGAGAUACGGGGAAAUAAAUUGUUCAGGUGUGCCGUGAAGGCUGUAAAGUGCACAAAGCAAACAGCAUCUGGGUAACUUGUGUGAUGUUUCCCUGGUUUUACUUAAUGUUUCUCCUAGUGGGGCUUCUGGUGUUUCUUUUAAAAUUAAAGCUCUAACAUGAUA